AUGGGACCCCAGGCCAGGGUGGUCUGCUCCCUGUUCAUCCGGCUGCGGGUCCUGGCUGUGCCGGCUGAGAACUCAGACUUCUACCUGCCUGGGGAUUACCUCCUGGGUGGUCUCUUCUCCCUCCAUGCCAACGUGAAGGGCAUCGUCCACCUCAACUUCCUGCAGGUGCCCCAGUGCAAAGAGUAUGAAAUGAAGGUGCUGGGCUACAACCUGCUGCAGGCCAUGCGCUUUGCGGUGGAGGAGAUCAACAAUCAGAGCAGCCUGCUACCAGGCGUGCUGCUGGGCUACGAGAUGGUGGACGUCUGCUACAUCUCCAACAACAUCCAGCCCGUGCUCUACUUCUUGGCUCGGGAAGAUUAUUCCUUGCCCAUCCAGGAGGACUACAGCCACUAUGUGCCCCGCGUGGUGGCCGUCAUCGGCCCCGACAACUCCGAGUCCACCACAAUCGUGGCCCACUUCCUCUCCCUCUUCCUCCUUCCCCAGAUCACCUACAGCGCCAUGAGUGACGAGCUGCGUGACAAGAACCGCUUCCCCUCCUUGCUGCGCACGGUGCCGGGCGCGGACCACCAGACCGAGGCCAUGGUGCAGCUCAUGCUUUACUUCCGCUGGAACUGGAUCAUCCUGCUGGUGAGCAGCGACGACUACGGCCGCUACAAUGGCCAGCUGCUCAACGAUCGCCUGGCCACCCGCGACAUCUGCAUCGCCUUCCAGGAGACGCUGCCCAUGCCGCAGCCCAACCGGGAGGUGACGCAGUGGGAGCGCCAGCGCCUGGAGGCCAUCGUGGACAAGAGACAGCAGAGCUCAGCACACAUCGUGGUCCUGUUCUCGCCCAACCUGGCCCUGCACAACUUCUUCCGUGAGGUGCUCCGCCAGAACUUCACGGGCGCUGUGUGGAUCGCUUCUGAGUCCUGGGCCAUCGACCCGGUCCUGCACAACCUGACCGAGCUGUGCAACACGGGCACCUUCCUGGGCAUCACCACCCAGAGCGUGCCCAUCCCGGGCUUCAGCGAGUUCCGCACGCGCCCGCCCCCCCAGGCUGGGCCACCCGCACCCAACAGGACUAGCCUGGGGGCCACCUGCAAGCAGGAGUGCGACACCUGCCAGGACACCACCGCGUCCUUCAACACCAUCCUCACACCGUCCGGCGAGCGCGUGGUCUACAGCGUGUACUCGGCUGUCUACGCCGUGGCCCAUGCUCUACACAUUGUCCUCCGCUGCACCCAGACCACCUGCUCCAAGAGGGUGGUCUACCCUUGGGAGCUACUUCAGGAAAUCUGGAAGGUCAACUUCACCCUCCUGGGCCACGAAAUCUUUUUUGACAAGCAAGGGGACCUGCUCAUGAGCCUGGAGGUCAUCCAAUGGCAAUGGGACCUGAACCAGAACCCGUUCCUGAGCAUUGCCUCCUACUACCCUGCGCUGCGGCAGCUGAAGAUGGGCCACAACGUGUCCUGGCACACCGCCAACAACACGAUCCCAGUGUCCAUGUGUUCCAAGGACUGCCAGUCUGGGCAAAGGAAGAAGCCCAUAGGCAUCCAUCCCUGCUGCUUCGAGUGUCUUGACUGCCUUCCUGGCACCUUCCUCAACCGAACUGCAGAUGAAUAUGACUGCCAGUCCUGCCCAAGGUACGAGUGGUCCCAUAGGAAUGACACGUCCUACUUCAAGCGGCGGCUGGCCUUCCUCGAAUGGCAUGAGGCCUCCACCAUCAUCGUGGCCAUGCUGUCCUUCCUGGGCUUCCUCAGCACCCUGGCCAUCGUGGUGGUCUUCUGGAGACACCUGCACACGCCCAUGGUUCGCUCCGCCGGGGGCCCCAUGUGCUUCCUGAUGCUGGUGCCACUGCUGCUGGCCUACGCCAUGGUCCCCACGUACGUAGGGCAGCCCACGUUCUUCACGUGCCUCUGCCGCCAGACCUUCUUCACCCUCUGCUUCACCAUCUGCAUCUCCUGCAUCACCGUGCGCUCAUUCCAGAUCGUCUGCAUUUUCAAGAUGGCCCGGCGCCUCCCGCGCGCCUAUGGCUACUGGUUGCGCUACCACGGGCCCUAUGUCUUCGUGGCGUCCUUCACGGCGCUCAAGGUGGUCAUCAUGGUGGGCAACGUGCUGGCCAUGAGCGCCAGCCCUACCGCCCGCCCCGACCCUGAUGACCCCAAGAUCAGGGUUCUGUCCUGCAACUACCGCAAGGCGCUGCCGUUCAGCACCAGCCUGGACCUGCUCCUGUCCGUGGCCGGCUUCAGCUUCGCCUACAUGGGCAAGGAGCUGCCCUCCAACUACAACGAGGCCAAGUUCAUCACUUUCUGCAUGACCUUCUACUUCACCUCCUCCAUCUCCCUCUGCACCUUCAUGUCUGUCUACGAGGGGGUCUUGGUCACCAUCCUGGACCCCUUGUUCACCGUGCUCAACCUUCUGGGCAUCAGCUUGGGCUACUUUGGUCCCAAAAGCUACAUGGUCCUCUUCUACCCGGAGCGCAACACACAAGUCUAUUUCAGCAGCAUGAUUCAGGGCUACACCAUGGGGAAGGACUAGUUCCAACUGUGGG